CAUUUUCUCUGACAUAUCAAUGUCCGAUACGAAGGGCAGAUACAUAUAAACACACUCAUUCACUCACCGACACUUCAACCUUAACACGCGCUUCCAUAUUCACCAUUGUUUCAACUUUGUUUUCAUAUAUAUCACCCCAUUUAAAGCCCAUGUUUAUUCCCUCAACAACACAAAAACAUUAUCUAUUCUGAUGGCACCAAGGAUCAAUGAUGCCACACCCAACAGAUCACCCAUGAACAGAGGUUCAUGGACCCCAGAGGAAGACAGAAAGCUUGCCCAAUGCAUUCAAUUUCAUGGUGCAAAGAGGUGGAAGACUAUUGCAGUUAAAUCAGGUUUGAAUAGAUGUGGGAAGAGUUGCAGGCUGAGAUGGCUAAACUAUCUGAGACCUAAUAUCAAGAGGGGAAACAUAUCAGACGAAGAAGAAGAUUUGAUUCUUAGGCUUCACAGACUCUUGGGAAACAGGUGGUCUUUGAUAGCUGGUAGGCUUCCAGGACGAACAGACAAUGAAAUUAAGAAUUAUUGGAAUUCUCAUUUGUGCAAAAAAGUGAAUCAGAGAGAGGAGAGACCAGAAUCUUCAACAACACAUGAAAUUGUUGGCCAGAAUAAGAAUCUUGGGGACAACCUUGCACUGUCAGAGAACGAGGUUGCAACCAACGAAGUUGGUAACUUAGAUGUUAGUUUCAACAUUGAUGAGUUUUUCAACUUCUCUGAGGAAUCCUGUGGGUUAGAUUGGCUGAACAAGUACUUAGAACUUGACCACAUUCCUCAAACCACAGAAAACUCUUAAUUAACAGAGUUUUUAUUAGAGCAUUUCCAAUUAACAACUCCAUUUAAAUUUCUCUUCUUCUUCUUUAAUAAUAUUUACACUUUCUAUAA